AUCAUCACAUUUCACCAUCACUUCAUCUCCAGUUCUUGCAGAGUUCACAAGUGAUAAUUGACAGAGAAAAAAGUGUAUUAAUCUAUCCAAAAUGAAAUAUGAAGUGAGUGUGAUUUUCCUCCUCGCAAUCAGCUUUUCUGUCCUCGAAGCGAAUGUCAUCAAUUAUUACAAGGAUGCCUUGGACAUUCCCUGCGACAACGAUUCCAGCUGCUUAAAUAAGGUCUACAACAAUUUCACGAUGUGCAUAAAGAACCAAUGCAAGUGUUACGAUCAUAAUGGCGUGGAAGCAGUCUGCAAACUACAAAAAAUUAGCGCCAGCAAUGUCAUAGGAGGAAAAUGUCCUUGUCCCAUCGCACAUUCAGUUUGCGAUCAAUUAGUAGGGCUCUGCAUCUGUUCGGAAGAAUUCAUCAUGAGCCAAGAUAAGCGCAAAUGUAUCCCAAAAUCCGUUCAUCUUGGUGAGAAAUGCGAAGACAAUUCCCAGUGUCUGUCCUAUACGGAGAAUAGCGAGUGCGAUCUAGAGGAGAAUAUUUGCCACUGCCAAGGGAAUUUCACGCAGUACGAGGAUACCUGCCAGAGCUUCACAGGACUCGGCGGUCGAUGCCGUCAGAGUGCAGAGUGUCUGGGCAGAGCCCAGAACAGCGUCUGUCAGGAUCACCGCUGCAUGUGCGCGAUCAACUUCGUCGCCCGGAGAAAUCGGACCGAAUGUCUGCCCGUCGCGCACUACGGAGAGCCCUGCUCGGAGCCUGGACAGUGCCAGCAGACCCUGGGCAACGGAGGAGUGUGCAACGAUGGAUUGUGCGUGUGCGAUGCAGCUCACCAGAACAUCAGCCUCGGCGGGCACACCAUCUGCGAGAAGAAGAUUUCUGUGGGUGACACGUGCAAGGAUCACGGACAAUGCUACCACUCUCAUCCACUCAAGCAGACAAUGGAAUGCAUCUCUGGACAGUGCCAGUGCAUUGAGGGCUUUUCCGUAGAGAGUCAGCAGUGUACGGAAAACUCUGCGAAUUCUGUGAAAAUCGUCACCCCGGUUUUUCUCCUCAUCUGCAUGAUUGUCCAUAAAAUCCUCAAUUAGUGAAAGCCGCAUGGCGGGGAGAGGAAAAGCAGAGAGGGAAAAUUUUCAGCAAAAAACGCCACCGAAU